AUGUUGGCUGUGAAAAACUUCUUUAUGCCCGAGAAGAGGGUCGAUUCUCCGAGGUUCUCUAGGAUGCCGGAGGCUUUGAUGCGAUCUAUAAGACGUAGAUCGCUAAGAGUCAAGCGCACCAAGUCUUUAGUUCUUGUUAACGAGAAAAGGAAAUCCGAUUCCUUCGUUAAUAGUCAGGAAUGGACGUCAUCUCGUGGUGUGACGGAGUUAAGAGUGGGUGUGCUUGGAUCACCUGAUAGUGGAAAAUCGGCGUUAGUGCAUCGAUACCUCACGGGGGCCUACAUGCAGGAAGAAAGUCCAGAAGGUGGCCGUUUUAAAAAGGAGGUCAUCAUAGACGGCCACAGUUACCUCCUACUCAUCAGGGAUGAAGGCGGCCCGCCCGAGAUGCAGUUCACAGCCUGGGUUGACGCUGUGAUUUUCGUGUUCAGUCUCGAAAACGAAACGAGUUACAACACGGUGUCCACUUACUUCAAUAAGAUGUCUCACUAUCGGAAUUCCGCAGAAAUACCAAUCAUUUUAGUUGGAACUCAAGAUGCCAUAAGUGAAAGCAGCCCGCGCGUGGUUGACGACAACCGCGCUCGUAAACUAUCCAAUGAACUAAGGAGGUGCUCUUACUACGAGACUUGUGCGACUUACGGUUUGAACGUGGAACGAGUGUUUCAAGAUGCGUGCCAGAAGAUCGUAGGAACGAGACUAUCAGCAUCAUCGCAAUGCCUCUCAGGUUCGAGACCAGUCACUCCACAGCCCCUGGCCAAUUCUCCAAGUCACAAUCAUUCGACAUUCCUUUACAAGGACUCACUGCCUCGUCAUCACACACUGUCAGCGUCUUCUCAUCACCUUCACCGAGGUGGUUCAUCGUUUGACGCGUCAUCAAACAGCAGUGGGAUAUCAUCAACACAUGUAGUAGAAAUACACAGCACAAACGGCUCGGACACAUCAUCUAGAUGGGGGAAUUCACUCGGAAGUCAUGGCUCAUCGUCAGGAUUGGUUUCCAUAGCAACCGAGAAUAACAACGUUAAAUUCACUGCACCCCACUGCCUAGAUAACCUACAACCAGUCAAAGAUAUCAAAGAUCUACCAACGCCUUCAUCUACGCCUACCACAUCUAGGAAGUCAAGACGAAGAUCGAAUCUAUUCACACCAUCGAAGAAAGGUGAUGACCGUUUGAAGAAUGGUGAACUUGGGUCGGGGAGAGCGAUACCAUUGAAACAGGGUUACUUGUAUAAGAAGAGCAGCAAGGCUUUAAAUAAGGAGUGGAAGAAGAAGUAUGUCACUCUAUGUGACGAUGGACGGUUGACAUACCAUCCUAGCUUACAUGAUUAUAUGGAGGAUGUUAACGGAAAGGAAAUAUCGUUACAAUAUGUAACAGUAAAAGUUCCUGGACAGAAGCCUCGAGGAUCUAAGUCUAUCAUUACAACUGUGCCUGGGUACAACGGAUACACUAGUGUUGAUAUACAUGACAGUAUUGGAGGACUAUCAUUAGGCUACAAAGACAAACCCACCCGAGCUACAGACAAGGCGUUGAUGUCAGCGUUCGAUACUAUGAAGGAACCGGCGUCGGGGAGACAGUCGGCUGAUGACGUCACUGAUAAAGAUACACCUCACGUGAAGAAACGACACAGACGGAUGAAGAGCAGCGGGGUUAAGAAGGAUGGGGACGAAGAAGUCGACCCGGCCACAUCGUGUGAGUUCACGAUAGUGUCGUUGGACGGUAAGAGAUGGCGCUGGGAGGCGGGCGCGGGGGCUGCGGGCGGCGGCGCGGGGGGCGCAGGCUCGCCCGCCGCCGCCGCUGAGAGGGACGCCUGGGUCGCCGCGGUGGAGGCGCAGAUACUGGCCUCGCUACAAGGACGAACGUCCCGUCAGCCGGCGCCUACCGGUGCUAACUCAACGGGCGACGUCCGAGCUACAUACUACAUACGACGAGUGAAGGGAAAUGACAAGUGUUGUGACUGUGGAGCGCCAGACCCUGACUGGGCGAGUCUGAACCUGGGCGUGGUGAUCUGUAUCGAGUGUUCAGGAGUUCAUAGAAACCUCGGCUCACACGUGUCGAGGGUCCGCUCACUGGAUUUAGACGAGUGGCCUUUGGGUCACGUGAGCGUCAUGGUGGCUAUGGGCAAUACGUUGGCGAAUUCAAUAUGGGAAGCUGAUCUAAGAGGACAUAUUAAACCCAUCGCUACCUCCUCCAGGGAGGAUAAAGAACGGUGGAUCCGUAUGAAGUACGAGCGUCGUUCGUUCCUAUCGUGUGAGUCUGUCCGCGGUAGUGUGGGUGAGGCGUUACGGACGUACGCUGCUCGAGGCGCGGUCGGGUCACUGGCACGUCUGCUGGCAGCGCAGCCACCACGCUCACCACAUAAUAAUGAUAGGAGUUUGGCGCUUAGAGCGGCCGCAGCGGCUGGACAUCUACCCGCAGCGCAACUACUCAUAUGGCACAACGGCAACCCGAACUUCCCCGACGCUGACGGCCAUACAUGCGUAUUCUACGCUCGAGCGGCCGCCAAUCAUCUCUCUGGUAUACCGACCCAGUACCCAAAGAACCUCCAAAUCACAUGUCCACUCCACCCAAGCCCACCCACAAGCGGAACAAACUCUACAAGCUCAAGCUCAAGCGCAAAAAGCACCAAAAACGCUGAACCGGAAUGCAAUUGCAUCAUAUUCGAAUUGCUCAACGCUCAAAGCGCUUCAAACGCGCUAGUAGAGAUAUUAAUCGGUCUACAGAAUAAUCAGUACAUGAGCAACGGAUUUGAUUCAUUCACACAGACAUUAGGCCGACCGCUGGGCAGUCUGUCGCUAACGAACGGCAAGUGCGGCAGUAUAGUGUAA